GCCGCUGCCGCCGAUUGGUGUUGCUUCUUACCUGAGUCGUGUCGCCUCGCUUCGUCGUCGUCUUUGUCGUGUUGCCUCCGUGUUUCGAGCUCCGACGCAAGGAUAACACCCACUCCCACACCUUUGGCUUGUGGUGAGCUGGAAAGUGAAGUGCGUUACUGUCGCGUUACUCUCAUACUCCCCUUGCUGCCACUUGUUGCGGCUGCAUAUCAAAACCCGACGCGAGGAUAACACCCAGAACAUAUAGUUCCAUCUCCUUUGGCAUGUGGAGUACUUGAGUGCCAAGUUGGAGUUGCUACUUACCCAAAUCUCAGCGUGGUGUUGCUGCUGUGCCAACGUGUUGCUGCUGUGUCCUUACGACGCGAGUUUACUGUUGUAUUAUAAAGUGGCAUGUAUUAAAGUGAGUGUCACGUGAUUCUGGUGAUUCCCCUUUGGCUAGUACACAAGCCCCCCUUUUGAAAAACAUGGACGCGGACCAGGAGUCGAACAACCAUCGCGGUUCGGUCUCGUCCAGUCGUUCCCUGGAGAUACCCGCCACGCCCUCGCGCUCGCCCAAAAAAGUGUCCUUCUCGGAUGAGCUGCCCCAGUCGCAAACUCCUGCCCAGCAGCCCAUCCAGCAGUCAGCGCCCACGGUUGUGAGUCACGUGCUCCAGCAGGCCGCCCAAUAUCUGGAGCGAUUGCAUGGCGCACGCGAUUCCACCGAGGAAAAGGCGGAGGAGGAAGUGCAGCCAGAUGGCCAGAGAGCUGAUACCCGAGAUACCAGCGAAGCGGCCGUUCUCGAUUUGAAUGCAGUGGAUGCCAGUGCUGAUGAGCCGGCGGCAAAUGCUGGCCCAAUUGUGGCCAGCUCGCCAAGUAUUCUAGUUGCCAGCGUUGGCAAGCAGGAAGCGAUUGCCAGUGCAAAUGGAAAUGGAAAUGGGAAUCCGAAUCAGCGGCAAUCAAAUUUGUACAUGGAACGAUACAACCUCAAUUUAGAUAAGAACUGCAGCUCCAUGGAGCUGGAGGCGCGCCGGGAGAAGCAGCGCUGGCUCCUCAUAUCCGAGUGCAGUGCACUUUUCGACGAGGGCGAGGGCAAACACACCAGGGAGGCCUUUCGCAAGCUCUUCCUGGACGAGGAAUUCCAGCAGAAGCUCUUCCAGCUGUUUGAUCUCGAGCGGAAUGGCUAUCUCCUGCAAGAUCGCUGGAUCGAGCACCUCAAGGGUCGGCUAACGGACGAUCGCCAGAUGGACUUUGCCGAGCAAAUUGAAUCGGUGGCCUAUGUGAUCUGCGGCGAGAAUAAGAGGGUUUCCUUCAAGAACUUCCGCGACAUCUGGCACACCAGAGGGAUCCUCGACAAGCUGUACCGCCUGAUUGAGGUGGAUGGAAGCAACUUGGUAUCCACCAACCAGGUGAUGGAGUUCAUCUCCCAUCUGACCAACUCCCGACCAAGGACCGGAUUCGACAAGAGUUCGCUGGCCCGGCUGGAGCAGCUCUUCCGUACUACCGUGGGAAACGAGCAGGAGAUUCGGCGGGAGGAGUUUCAGAAGAUAGUUACCUCAAAGAAUCCUUUCUUCACAGAGCGCGUUUUCCAAAUCUUCGAUAAGGACAACUCGGGUUCCAUUUCCCUGCAGGAGUUUAUUGAUGCGAUACACCAGUUCUCCGGUCAGUCGGCAGAUGACAAGAUCCGCUUUUUGUUCAAGGUCUAUGAUAUAGAUGGUGACGGGCUCAUUCAGCACAAGGAGCUGCACGAUGUUAUACGGCACUGCAUCAAGGAGAACGGAAUGGAGUUCUCCGAGGACCAGAUCGAGGAUCUCACCAGCGCCAUGUUCGAGGAUGCUGAUCCACACAACAGUGGUGAGAUCACGUACGAGGCGCUGAAGAACCAGCUGCAUAAGCACGGUGGCCUUCUGGAGAACCUGAGCAUAACAAUCGAUCGCUGGUUGGUGCCCAUCGCAGAGGAUCGGCAGGCGGGAGGAGCGGCGAAGAGUGGUUUUUGGAACUCCCUGCCCCAUCAGUUCUCGCUGGCCUACAUGAAGAACAACCAGGUGUUCGUCACCUACCUCUUCUUCUAUAUCACCGUCAAUCUGUGCCUGUUCAUAUCCCGCGCUAUUCAGUACCGUGCUAGCAAUGGUUUCGUCAUCAUAGCUAGAGCUUGUGGGCAAUGCCUGAACUUCAACUGUGCCUGGGUCCUGGUACUUAUGCUGCGGCACUCGCUGACUUACCUCAGGGGUCGUGGGCUGUCCUCGUAUCUGCCACUGGAUCAUCACGUCUAUCUGCACAAACUCACGGGCAUCACGAUCUCCGUGCUGAGCUUGGUUCAUACGAUAAUGCAUCUGUUCAACUUUUCCAUCAUCGUGAUCAACGAUCCAAACAUCAAUGCGGGUCAUUACACCAUAGGGGAAUGGCUGCUUACAGAUCGUCCUGGACUGUUUGGCCUGAUACCGGGAUGUGCCAAUCCCACGGGAAUAGCUCUCCUGGCCAUUCUGGUGGUGAUGUUCGUGUGCUCACAGCCAUUUGUUCGACGGAAAGGCAGCUUCGAAGUCUUCUAUUGGACCCAUCUUCUUUAUGUGCCCUUCUGGAUACUCUGCCUCUUCCAUGGCCCCAACUUCUGGAAGUGGUUCCUGCUCCCAGGACUCGUUUACAUCGUGGAAAGGGCACUGCGCUUCAUUUGGAUGAGGGGAGAGCACGGCAAGACGUACAUCAGCUCUGGACUGCUACUGCCUUCCAAAGUGGUGCAUCUGGUGAUCAAGCGACCACAUCACUUUAACUUCCGUCCCGGAGAUUAUGUCUUCGUGAACAUCCCGGCCAUUGCCAACUAUGAGUGGCAUCCGUUUACCAUUAGUUCGGCGCCCGAGCAGGAGGACUACAUGUGGUUACACAUACGCACCGUGGGCGAGUGGACCAAUCGCCUGUACCGCUACUUUGAGCGGGAGCAGCAAAAGCUGCAGCAAAGUGGCUCCUCGCAGGAUAUUCCCCAGCACAUGCACGCCAUUCCCACGCCCAGUUUCAUGCUCCUCAACGAAGCCCGUAACCCUGCGAUAGCCGGAGAAAGAUCAGCUACGCCGCAAACAGACUUCCUGGCCAAGAAUUUGGGCGUGCAGGCUGUGCCGCCAGUGCGUCCACCGCGCCAGAACCGCAAGCCCGCGCCUGGAGCUCCUACCGACCCUUCAUCCACCGGAGUAAACCGCAUACGCAGCAUCAAGAAGAGCCUGCAGCGGACAUUCUCCAGGAAGGAGACAGUGGACCCCAAGAAGGGCAUUCCGAAUGGAGCCUUCAUGGGUGAUGGCGAGCGGGAGGACUCCAACUUGAAGCAGAGGCCGCUGGAGAAGAGCAUAUCUCUGCCGGACAUCAGUGUGAAGAGCAAGAAGCGGAGUCGCCUCAAGGCCCUACGAGCUUUGGGUCGCUCUGAAUCCGAGUCUGCCUUUGAUGAGAAGCGGGUGCGCCGCGCCAGGAACAACAGCGUGGGAUUGGCCUACCUCAGUCCGCAAAACAAGUCGCUGGCGCAGAGUUUCCGAUACAUGCGCACCAAGCCCACAAUCAUCGCCUUCAAGACGCCCAGCAUGGAGGAGCGGGAGCAUCAGGUGGCGGUCGGAGAAGCCAAUGGAGCAAGUCCAGCUAGCCGAGCCGAACAGGGUCAACUGGGUUCGAAGAUGGAUCCAGCGGACAAGUUGCAGGUGGCCAGACUAAGUCUGUCCGCCGAGGGGGCCUCCAAGCCGUUGGAGGACCAAACACAGACGGGAUCGCCUAGCAGAAAAUCUAUUCUGCGACGACCCACUUUCCUGCGCUCCCUGUCCACCUCCAUAAAUAACAGAUCCGGAGGAGGCGGUGGGGGAUCAACUGGUAGCUCCACAACUAACAGCGGUGGCAAAGUGACACUUGAUGCGGGAGUCAUGGAGAUAUUCAUCGAUGGCCCAUAUGGAGCACCCUCGAGUCACAUCUUUGGCGCCCAGCACGCGGUGCUAAUUGGCACGGGCAUUGGAGUCACACCGUUUGCCUCCAUUCUGCAGUCCAUCAUGCAUCGGUACUGGAAAGCACGGCACAGUUGCCCGAGAUGCCAGUUUGAGUGGGCCAGCGAAAUACCCAAGUCUGUGAUGAAUCUGCGCAAGGUAGACUUCUUCUGGAUCAACAGGGAUCAAAGAUCCUUCGAGUGGUUCGUCAAUCUGCUGUCCCAGCUGGAGAUUGAGCAGGCAGAGCUGGGCGGUGCCAUGGAGCGCUUCCUGGACAUGCACAUGUACAUAACAAGUGCGCUGCAAAGAACCGACAUGAAGGCAGUGGGUCUCCAACUAGCUUUGGACUUACUGCACGAGAAGGGCAAGCGGGAUCUGAUCACGGGCCUGAAAACUCGCACCAAUGCCGGCAGACCCAACUGGGAUAAGGUGUUCAAGCAGCUCCAGGCCCAGCAAAAGGGGAAGGUGACCGUCUUCUACUGCGGCCCGCCACAGUUGGCCAAAACGUUGAGAUACAAGUGCGACCAGUACGGAUUCGCCUUUCGUAAGGAGUGCUUCUGAACAGGCCGCCACAUCCCUCGCCCACAUCUUCUCGUCCAGUUUCAUCUCCACCUCACGCUCUGUGUCAAUCCCCUUCGUUCAUCGUGUUCUCAUUUGCAUAAGCAACGGGUUUAUUUCGGGUUCGGUUCGGUUUAGCUUAGCUUAGAUGGCUAUUUAUUCGUCACUUGUCUUGUUGCCUCAUUGUUUAGUGUGUCCCCCAGCUUGUAAAUAUCUAUAUCUAUCUGUAUAAUCUAUAUGCUCAUGCAAUAAAGUUUGUUACCCAAUGUGCCGUCCAA